CGCAUUGUUUGCAAGCGCCUUUCAUAGUCUUCCUACACAACGGAGUGAGUACGUAUUACGCAUUCGAUGGAGAAAUCGGGCUGCAACGUGUGGAAUAAAUCAAAGUUCGUAAUAGAAAUCAGUGAUCGAAGAAGAAUAGUAUGUAUAAAGUACUUCACAAUCAAGACAUAAAACACGAGUGCUCGCGGUCAGGGGGACUGCACGCUUAUCCUGAUCAUUUCAGGGAACCUAAAAAGCUUUACCUCUAAACCAGCCGUUUGCUAAAUGAUCAUUUAAAGGUUCCUGUCCUCUGGUAGGACUUUGUAUAUAGUGUAAAUAUCGCUUUUCUAACAAAGGAUCUCGCUCAAAAUAAAAAAAAAAAAGAAAAAGAAAAAAACGAGCAAGCUCGAAGAAUCGAAACAAGUCACGCGGGGAUUUCAAGGAGUCGAGAGAAUUCGAAAGAUUGCACUAUUCCAACCCCCCCUCCAUACAUCCGACGCAUGCAUCAACCUAGAACGCACUAAUCAGUCAACUAGUUAAAACAAAAAAAGAAGAAGGAGAAGAAGAAGAUUGUUGGAGAGAAAGAGAGUGAAAAGAACGAGCACGAUGAAGCAACAGGCGUCGGAAGAAUUCCCUUUAUGGAUAAAGUUACUUUCCGCAGGCACAGCAGCCUGUAUCGCUGAUUUAGCGACGUUUCCUUUGGACACCGCCAAAGUCAGAAUGCAGAUUGCCGGGGAAAGUCGUCCUCUUCUGUUGGCGACUGCGGAUGGCUCUAUGCUCGCGAUGCGAAAUACGCAACCAGGAUUAUGGAGGACAGUAAAGAACAUCGUCAGACUCGAAGGAGCAAGGAGCCUGUACGGAGGUCUGUCCGCGGGACUCCAGAGACAGAUGUGUUUCGCCAGCAUACGGUUGGGCCUCUACGACGGGGUGAAGUCACGCUACGCUGGAAUCAUCGACGGUAAUAACAGGAGCGCGAGCGGAUCGAAGAGUAUCUCCGUACGAAUCGCCGCUGGAAUCACGACAGGCGCCCUGGCGGUGCUCUUUGCUCAACCGACCGACGUCGUCAAGGUACGCCUACAGGCUGGAAGUAAUGGACGAUCGGUGAGAUAUAGCUCCACCCUGCAAGCGUACAAGAAUAUCGCUGCCGAAGAAGGAACGCGGGGCCUUUGGAAAGGAACUAUGCCCAACAUCUCGAGAAACGCGAUCGUGAACGUGGCGGAGAUCGUUUGCUACGACAUCAUCAAGGAUUUCAUCUUGGAAUACGGAUACCUGCGCGAUGGGAUUCCCUGCCACAUCACGGCCGCCGUGGCGGCAGGGCUGUGCACCACGUUGGCCGCCAGCCCUGUCGACGUGGUGAAGACUCGUUACAUGAACAGCGCCCCCGGCGAGUACAAAGGCGUCAAGGAUUGCGCUGUUCGUAUGAUGAUGAAGGAAGGGCCAUCCGCGUUUUACAAAGGCUUCGUGCCCAGCUUCACGCGCCUGGUUUCCUGGAACAUCGUUCUCUGGAUCACCUACGAGCAGUUCAAGGUCUACGCGAAGAAGCUGAACCAGUAAACA